GAGAAUUUUGCUCGAUUUUUCCCAGUGACGCUUGCCAAAUUCCGUGCUCCAGUCCACAUUUAAUGACCUGCAGCUGCUCGGAGCGCGUUAAAAUUGGCUCGGGACGGCAGCCCCCGUACAAAAUACUCUAACAAAAUACGUUUUCUCUUCUGUUUCAUAAGGUUCUGAAGUGCUCUUUUUAUUCCUAAGGGUACUGGGUAAUAGUGAGCGUUCUUCUAUCAUAGAUAGUGAUCAGGAGUUUGUUUCCCUGGUAUUUUCUCAUUUUAGUCCAGAAGUAAGGGUGUUUUUCACUAGCGAAUCCUAGUGAUACAAGCUUCAAUUGUCCUGUUUUUUCAUGCCAAGAUAUAGAAGCAGUUUUUAGAAGGUAUCACUUGCGGUGGCCAUUUCCAAAACUUUUCGUCUUUGUGAAUAUCGUUUUUUGCUUUUUUUGUGUGCGAGGAAAGCAAAAACUGCCUGCUCUCUUUUUCGAUUGACUACACUUGGAUCACACAAUUCGGAAAAUAGUGGAUCCUUUUUUACCAUCGCCUUUUCAAUAUGUUUCCCACCGGUGGCGGUAGUGCUCAAGCUGUUGCGCCGGAAUCUGCUGCACCGCAAUCUCAACAAGGUCUCGAUUUUUUCAGAGCAUUCGCUCAAAUAGCCGCUCAAAAUUCACACACUCCGCAACCUAGCAGCCAGUAUCUUACUUCAUUAGGUCAACAGUCAGUGCAUGCAGCUCAGCUAGCCGCGCAACAGAAUUCUCCGUCGAUAUCAUUGCUGCAACAGGGCAUUACACGACAGGCAGCCCAACAUCAGGAAGCCGCUGCUGAAACAACAAAUCAGCCUCCGCGAGAUGAUCCUCAUCGACGGCCAUCCUUGAUGUCCAACUUUUUCCCGCCUAUCAUGGGCCAUCAGCAAGGCAGCAGUAGAGACGAUAAUCACCUCGAUGUUGAUACGAGCGCGAGUUUCUCUGGGAUAAAGAUCGAUCCGUCUCCUGGUGGAACUAUAUCCGAAAAAGAGACAGAAGAGCAGGCGGAAAAGAAAGCGACCUCAGACCGCCUUGAAGCUAUAGAAAAAGAUCGAAAACAAGCUGACCAACAAGUUGAAACGCUCAUUAAGAGGAGAGAACGAUUGAAGAAUAUCAAAAAAGAGUCCGAGCAAGAAGUGAAAGAAGUACCAAUUGUGGAGCCUGAUGAGCGGGAAAAUGCUCCUCUUUGGCAAAGGAUAAUUGCUGAAAAUAAAAAACGAACUACUGCGAAAAAUCGAUCAAAUCAAAAAAGACCUGCAGAGGAAGUUUUGUUUUAUGAGCCUUACGAUGCACCCGGUGUGAGUCAACUGAUGCAAAAGCAAAAGACCUUUGGACCAAAGCUUCGACAAAUGGUUGAACAUAGGCAGCGAGUGAAAGUAACAUGUUACAAGUACAAUGAUGAGUUUUACAAUUCUUGCAUGCGGGAUUUCUUGCGGAAAACGGAGCGGUGGGCAAACAGUCCAAAGAAAAUAGCUCGCGAUCUUCGUAACAGGGAAAUAUUCGAGCGAGCCUUCCCGGAAAUGAAGAGAGCCAGAGAAGAGAAGGAGAGAGCAGGAAGAACCGAUCGAGUCAGCAUGCGAGCUCAAGAAGAUGAGCAGGCGGCAAAUAACGAGAAGCCUAAGGUGGAUGAGGAAUUCAAGAUGCGGAACGCGGCUGCAAUACCACCAUUGCUCAUACAUGAGUCAAAUGUGAGGCCGAAUCUCUUUGACAACAAGCACGCACUUAUCAAGGAUGCAGCUCAAGCCAACAAGAAUUGGAUUGAGGGGUUUCUCGCUUCAUGGACCGAUGAAGAAAAAGCUCUUUUUCGUGACAGAUUGGCUGCUGUCGGAAAGAAUUACGCGAAUAUCGCUAUGUUUCUUGAGAACAAGACAGUCAAGGAUUGCGUGCUAUAUUAUUAUCUGUGUAAAAAGAAGGAGAACUUCAAAGCGCUGAUUCCUAAACGAAAACGGAAAUUGGCAAAAACCUACAAGCCACCACCGAUGCCUACUCCAGAAGAGCUUGCUAUGUAUCAAUUAGUGCCUCAAGAUGCGCUUUCGGAUCCCCAGUCGAGUGCAUCUCACGAUAGCAAAUGUGUCGUAUGUCAACUUCGAAUUGAUCCGACAACAAAUCCCGGGCGAAUAUUAACAAGAUCCAGCUAUGAGUUGUACGGCAUCGAUCCGAAGAAGCAUGGUCCUGAUUGCAAAAUCUGUACAAAGUGCAAAGAUGAAGUGUUGAAAAUCAGGAAUAGCGGCCGAUGUAUGGUGAAAGUUUGCGCUUCGGGCAAGCGAAAAGUGAAAGCGACAAAACCGAUGCCGGCUAAAUGGCGUCAAAUGGAUGAUCGUCAACGUGCUUUCAUACUUGCCCACAUGUCUAUACCACGAGAGAUUGUAAAGUGCUGUGGUCCAUGCUUCAAAAGGAUAUCUAAGAAGCUCGACCUGUUGUUCGCUGGUGAACUUGAUGAAGAGAUGGCUAAGUUUGAGAUGGAGUUACAACAGACUUGGCAAUCCGCUGAGAUCUCUCGUCUACAAGAGCUCGUAUCCCAGCUUGGUCAUGACUGGAAUAGUAUUUCGGAGCAGAUGGAGGGAAGAACCGCCGAGGACUGCCGCAUCCAAUUCGAGUCGUUGAACAAGAAGGAAGAGGAGGAGGAAGAAGACUAUGAAGAAGAUGAGAAAGAGCGACAUGAGGAUGAUGUGCCGAUGGAAGAGGACACUCAAGACGUGCCCGAAACGACAGUCACAACUCAACCGAGUGAAGUUGACAUGGAUGUAACAGAGGUGCCUACGACUUCCUCUGCCACCACCGUCAGUCAGCCUCCACCGGCAGAUGUCAAGCCAAAAGAGGAGACGCUGAUUGCCGUGGAGCAGCCGUCGACCGCUUCUGGUUUAGUGAAAGGUUCCAUAACAGCUGGAACUCCUUUCCGUCCACCAUCUGUUUCCAUCAUUGAGCAGCAGCAAAGUGGAGCCCAACUUGCGGCAGCCGCAGCCGCUGCAGUCGCUGCUUCAACUUCGAAUACACCACAACCAGCGACCACACAAGCGAUGCUCGCCGGUUUCGAUCAAAACACUCUCUUACAAAUUCAUCAGCUAUUUGCUGGAGCAGAUGAGAAUCGAGCAAGGGCAUUGUUGGAGCAGUAUCAACAGCAGCAGCGCAACUUUCAGUUUCAUCCGUUUGUUCAACAACCAUCCGUGGAGCAGCUGUACAUGACGUAUUCACAGUUCUCUGAAGCGGAUCUCAAUCGCAUCCAUCCGAGCGUGGAUGUCGCCACUCGUUGUGUAAUCGAACUGAUUCUUCAACACAGGAAACAGACGGCAAACCUUCAGAUGAGGCAACAACAUGCUGCUAUGCUGAGCCAAAUACAAGCGAAACAGCUGGAACAGCAACGUCAGGAGAGACUCCAACAGGAGAAGCAGCGACAGAUCGAUGCCGCAAAGAAGCAAUUGCAGGAGCAAAUCAAACAUCAUGACAUUACUGCUGCUAAUAUCGAUAAGAAUACAAUAGCGAUGGCGCAUAGAGUCGGUGAAAUCAACCAUUCAUUACAAACAGCGUCUCUUACUCAACAACAACGACAGCAGCUUUUGUUAGAGUAUAGUAGCCAGUCGGCUAAAUGCUCGAGCCUACAAACUAUGGCACAAAACCAUCGCCUGCAAAGGUCACAACUGCAGAAUCAACUUGAUGCAUUGAAUGCUGGCAGUGGAUCAGCAGCUGCUGUUGCUUCCAUGUCGCUCUCGGCAUCGCCAAUGGUUCUUAGGACGCAUGACGCAUCUAUGCAAAUGGAUGAUGAACAGCGUCUUAGGGAAGAGAUUGAAAAGAUUGAUGAGGAUAUCCGUGGUAUGGAAAAACAAGUGCGACGACUAGAAGAGGAGGAGCGAACAUACCAAAAGAAAAAGAUGCAAGCGGAGCAGAUGAUAACGUCAGCGUUUCGAAUAAAUUCGACGGUGCAGGAUUACCAAGCGAAACAAGAACUCAAGGAGGCGCAAGACAACAUGAGGGUUGUUGAACAUUCUCGCUUAACAUUCCAAAAGAAAUUGGACAACCUUCGUGAGAAUCGAGAACUUCUGAUGCGACAGCAGCGAAUGCUAUUGAAUAGUGGAAACGCGAGCGGUGUAAUCGUUGGUGGUUCGGGAAGUAUUAGUAAGGGAUCCGUCAAGGACUUUGCACAUGCACAGCAAGCCGCCAAGGCUGCUGUUCAACCUCCAACAACGUUAUCGUUGGCUGCACAGGCUCAAGCACAAGCGCAACAACUACAUCAGCUACAACAGCUUCAGCAACAUAAGAAUCUGAUCGGCAUACGACAACCGACAGCCGACACAAAACCGUCAUCUGCCGCUCAUUCGCCUUGGCCCAGUGCAUCAGCAAGUAAAGAGAGGGACGGUCCACAAUGGGGAGAAAAUAAGCGCUUCAAUAAUGUUUUGGAUAGGGUGGUACACGACGAGCUGGCCAAUAGUCAUGCUGCUGCGCAAGCAGCACACGCUGCAGCGGCAGCUCACUCUUCCAUUGCACCACCGGAAAUUCGGCGGAAAUCGGGUUUGGAAAUGUUAAAUAUACCGCCUGUCUCUGUACAACGACAUCCACAAAGAAGGCCAGGAAGUCCCGUUGGUGGAAGUGUCGGAAUACAGCGACCUCCUAUUAAUCCUGCUGCUCGAUCAAUUCUGGGAGGAACAUCAGCGUAUAGUGCAUUGGCAGUGAACACUUCCCAUGGAGCUGCUGGUUCACCUCAAACGGCAACGCAGCAUAUGUCCCCAUCCGUAUCUGCGCCAUCGACGGCUGCUUCAAAUGUUUUUGCACAUUUCCAACAAUCGUUGAAUGCUUGUUCACCGGCUAGUCAACCGAGUAAAACUCCUCAGCCGAUGGCGUCCCCAGCGGUUGGUGUGACAAAGCCCGAGAUUCCAUCUGCAGUUGUGCAACCAAUGGCUUCACCUGCAUUGCCAAACACCACCAGUGUAUUGACCCCGGUUGCUUCGUUCCAGGAAACAAAUGUGCAGACGUCCACAGCUGUACCACCACCACCGGCGCUACAGUUUCUUGCCACAUCUGCCACUGUUUCUGGACCACCCACCUAUGAGCCGAUUUCCCCAGAUGGCAGUGCUCCAACUAGUCCGGUUGCACGCGCUGAAGCUCCCGCUUCUGCACCAACAUCAAAUAGCGGCUCAAGAAUGUUCUCCGCAUUGGACUUCGAUUUCCCCCUAGCUGUGACACCGUCGUCGACGGCUCCCCCGGCACCACCGCCACCGUCACUGGCACCGCCACUGGCUGAGCUUCUUCGCACAGCCGGAAACGACCCGGCGAUUGCCACGGCGAUGACGUUCGAACCAUUGUCCGAUGACGAGAGUUGAAGCAAGUUCUUCAUGCUAAGAGUCGAGCUUUGGUCCCUUCUCAAAGUUGGUGGACAACUUUCCAUACAGCGCGACAUCCGGUGCGUGCACACUUUAUACUAGUACGUGGUAGUACCGAUAUCAGUGCAAACUCAUCUACACUAUGGUCAUCUACACUGUGAUUAUCAUAAAAUAUUUCAAAAUCAAGCGCUAGUAAGUCAUGCGAGGUGUUCAGAUUUUGAUUCAUAGGUGCACGACUGGCAGUUUUCUGCUAUUUUUCUACGAAAUCCCCGUUUCACACUGUUCCAUCUUUCUUCCGUUACUAUUUUCGCUAUGACCGUUGUAGUUGUCAAAGUGAUUGAUACUCAAUGAUCUAUGGUUGCGGGCUGUGAAUACGUGAUUUACUUUCAUCUUGUCCUCUCGACCCCCCUAAAAUCUAUCAGAAAUCUAUUAUACUUCAUUCAUUUUUGCAACAUGCGUUAUGGUUUUGCACUACUUAAUAUUAUUUUGUAAAAUUGCGCUAAUGUGCGAAAUUAUAAUAUUUGCAACACGUCAAUUUGGAUUAUCGUGCUGUUCACAGGUCAUUCGUUGUUUUAUACGUUGUUAGUGUACUCUUUUAUUUCUGACACUGAGAUAUUGUUAGGUAGUUGAUUCGGCAAUGUUUUGCAUAGCUCACUCAUUCCGUUACGAAUUUUGCAUAGUAAGGUCACGUCUUGCAUCAUGUUUCUAUGUCUGGUAUCACUAGAUACAUAACGUAUCUCCGGUCAACUAGACUUUUCAGUUUUGUCUCGUUUCAUAACUUCCCAUAUAACAAAUCAUUCUCAACGAGCGGAACGCUCCUGCACACUGUGAUUUAUUCUACGUUUAUAUUUCUUGUUUUCGAAUUUCUUGAUGUCGCUGAUCUCAUAAAUAACUCUACUA